UUCUUUUAUUUUUUAGACAUUUUUUCUCUUAGUGUGUUAAAUUAAAACAGAAAUUCGUUCUGCUUACUACAUAAAGUCGAGCCAACAUUUUCCUCGAUAAAAUUUUAUAAUAUUCUUCUAAAGAGGAUAAUUUCUUCUUUUGAGUACAUCGCAACGAGCUUUUCUAGAAUUUUUGAUGAGUAUAUUUUAACACUAUUAUAAAAAAAAUAUUCUUUGCUGAGAAGAUAACCAUUGCUUAAAAGAAGGAAAAUAAAUUGAGUAGUCAUCUUUCUUAGCGGUAGAAUGACAUUUUUCUGUGUGCACAGACAAUUGUCUUGCAGAGGAAUAACAAGAUAUAGAUAUAGGAAAAGAAAAAAAAUUAGUAACAUAUACACACCCGCACAAGAAGUAAAAAUAAUAUAAGUAAAAUAAAAAUAUUUAUUUGGACUUAUGCUUGGACAUGUACUUAACUUUAGACAUUCUUAUUGUUUUGGUCUUUAAACAUGAAUAUUUAACUUUUUAUAUAGAAUAUAUACAAGGUGUCUAAUAAUUAAUGACCGGCUGUGUGCAGAUAAAAGUCAUCAAACCAAACACAAAAUACUAAUUCGCGAAUGAUUGCGUAGAAUUUUGAGAUAUUAACUAAAAAAGGUUGGCGAAUGAUCACACGCGAAUAUGGUAAAUGAUCGCGACGUUUGGCGCGGUGUGCUUGUAUAUUAGGUCAAACUGAAUAAAAAGGCUCUGUGUCAUUUUGCAAAUAAUCGCAUAGAUUUUUAUUUAUUCAUUAAAGAAGAUCGCAUACAAUUAUUGUAUGCAUUAUCGCAUUCAAUUAUUCACCUAAUACAAAAGGAAAAUAAUCUCUAAGUAUACAGAAAUUACCUAGGAAAUUACAAUAAUGAGGAAAGAUAUAUAGGCAAUUUUGCACAGUAAGAUGCAAGAGUGAAACAAUAAAUCUUUGGGGUAACGGCAGUUCAUCGUCUCGCCUUGGCCGAUAAGUGUGUGGCCCCUGUACCUUUACUCUCGAAAACGCCAAUAAAAGUCGACGCGACGGGGUCGCGCGCUUGCGUGACCGGCGGAAUUUAGUUACUCAUUUAAGUUUCAUUUGCGUUACGUGCCCGAUGCACCCUAUGCGCGCGGUGCACGCUCUCUCUCUCUCUCUUUCUCUCUCUCUCUCUCUCUCUCUCUCUCUCUCUCUCUCCGCGAGAGAGCCGAUGCAUCGUGUAACCUCACGCAACGCACGCGAGCAAGGACGACCGGCGUCGCGUUGGCUCGAUAAAUCGGUCGAGAGGAUACUACCGGCCCUCACGACAGCCCCCUUUGCGCGUAAGAAUUUCACUGAACGUCUCCCCCUCUCUCUCUCUCUCUCUCGCGUAAGUGAAAUUCCGCAGUCUCCAGCGAGUUUCCGUAUUAACCCUCUCCACCUUCCUUCCCCCAGCUUUCCGCGGUCUUUGAAUUGCGCUGAAUUACUCGUCCAUCUUUUCGUUCGAUUUUUGUAAUUUGGCACACAUACAUCGUCGAAUUCUUUGGAUCCUUUCUCUCUCUCUCUCUCUCUCUCUCUCUCUCUCUCUUUGCGCGAGAGAUUUGACGGAUAUGCGACGGAUACGCGCGCGUCUUCCUCGAUCAAUAUUUGCAGGGACUUUGUUCUUUCCUAUUUUUUUUUUUGGCUUAUUUUAUGAUGUCAAAUCUGUGUUUGCGUCGCCACACGAUUUACUCUACUGAAGAAGGGAAUCCGCGAAAGGACGUUUGAUUGACGGCUGUGAAAUGAUACGGGCACGGUUCAAUCGGCCGGAUAUAUGGGAAGGUAUAUGGCGGAUAUAUGCAAAAAAGUAAUUAAUUUCUUGCUCGUGCGUUCCGGUAGCUUUGUAAUACUAUAUCCAGUUGAGAUUAUUCGCGCGCGCGCACAUUCGCGUGUGCGUAUGAAUGAAAUGCAGCCGGUGCUACGAAGAAAUUGCACCUGAGUCUCUUUGUCUCUCGCUGUCUCAGAUUCGAAGGACAUCAGAGAACGAAGGAUAUAAAUUCUUUGAUGUUUCAUCCUUGCCACAGUGCUUCAACAUUUUUUACUCAGCUUUGUGCAUCCGACGCUUUGUAAUAAAAUACGAAACACGAAACGUUGACGGUAUAAUAUUGGCGCGAAUUACUGAAAUAAAAAUUCGUACGCACAUCAAACAGGGCACAAUUUCGUCGGCACUUUUCAGACGCGUUGAUAUGAGGAAGAUUACCUAAGUAAGAGAAGAGCGACCUCUUUCUAGCCAAUAAGCAGCCGGGAACUACUACCUAGUUUCUGACCAAUUUAAGUGACGUUUGCUUUACUAGAAACUGAACGUUGAAACUAAUUCGUUUCUGACCAGUUUCUAACCAGAUUUUGACCAGUUUGUAGCGAAACUUUGUUUUCGUAUAAAAUUCUAUCAAAUAGUCUUUAUCGUUCAAUUCUUUUUACACAUUGUAAAAUAUUGGACUUUAUUAUUCGGUAUAAAAGUAAACUCGUGUUUUAGAAAGUAGAGUUUUUUCGUUUGCAAAUUCUUUUAUUAGUGAAAUAGUUGUAGCUUUAUUUUAAAUUACAAUACUAUUUUUUUGUCUACUUUAUGGCUAGUAAUUGGCUAAGAGACAUUGGCCAAUAUUUUUCCGUUCAGUUUCUGAACAGUUAGGAGAGACCGGAAUGAAUUAAAUCGAUUAUUUCUACUGUUCUUUAACGGAUUCAGAAUCAAGUAAGCAAGGAUUUCAAAACCAUCUCUGAUUGUGUUUAAAAAUCUUACUUGCUUAAUUUUGUAACUUGUUAGUAAAUACUAGAAAUAACCGAUUUUGUUAACUUAUCCCGAUAGUCAGCUAGCCCCGGUCUCAUCUACUGUCUGAUAAACCUAUUAGAAACUGGCCGGUAUUUGGUUAGUUUUUACUGAAAGUUUUUGUGCUUGAAUAUAUUGAAUAAUAACUUAAUGUUAAGUUUAGGAUAUAUAUCAUUUCACCGAAAGGUAUUCCGGUUCUUUGUUUAAUCCGACGCUUUAUUAUCGGCUCGCAUUCGCUACCGCGGAGAGAUCGUUGGUCAGGUAGGAGAUAAUUCGUCCACGCUUCUUCCUACCUGCACUAUCUGUGCCAUCAGAUCGCAUUAAUUUCCAGCGCGCUGCAAUUUAAGCGGCUUCACUUUAUAAUUUGCGAUUAAAGCCUUUAUAUUCGCACAGGCGCGAGAUACAUUGUGUCCCGCGCCUGAUGAAAGCGUCAACGCAUAUUUCGAGAUAGCGCGUGAUGGAAUAUCCUCGCGUCUCCCGGUGCCGACGACAGUCGAUUGUCCCGAUGUAUCGGAACUUCCGCUCCCUGAUCCGCUUUCCUGUACGAUUGAUCGAUUGGCUGUCAAAUAUUUCUGAGCCGCUCGCGCGCGCGAAGCGAAAGGCGAAAGGAGGGCCAAUCGGCAUUUUCACUGUCGCGAUCUCGAGCGCGAGAUGCAAUCGGAUUGAAUGCAAAUGUAGAGCGGAUGUCUUUAUCGUGGAGAAAAUACUUGGCUACCCCGCGCGAGAUCGCAAUCGGUUCAUUUUAAGCGGCACGUUAUAGCUUUACGGCGUGUUGCGGAAACACGCUUUACGGAAGUACUCGACUGUUCUCACCAUUGCGUACAAUGUGGAGAGGAAAAGCUGGAAAAGAAGAAAGAGAGAGAGGCCAAGUUGAAAUUUCGGUUUCACACAGAAAAGAAACUUGGUUGGAUUAACCAAAUGUCCGGUAAAAUACGAACGAAUUACACAGAAUUUCGGCUGAAGUUACCAGAAUUCUGUUCAAGUUGAUAAGAUUCUAGUCAACCAAAUAAGAUUUCUGGUUAACCAGAACUUUAACUUGAACAGAUGCAAGCUCUGGUAACUUCAUCUGGAAUUCUAGUUUGUUCACAUUUCACCAGACAUUUGGUUAAUCUAACAAAAAAUAUUUUCCGUGUUUCAACUUCACAAAUCCCAUUCAUGUUAAAAGACGACAUGACGGAAUGAUAGUUGAAGGACCAAUAGAGAGAAUCUUUGAUUUGAAAUUAUACAAACCAUUGUUCUAUCUAGUUAAUUAAGCAACGAAUAAUAACUUAAUUUAACUUUUACGUGUCCAUAUUGAGUUAAAAAAAAGACCCUAAAAUUAUUAAUUAUCCGAUUAUAUCAACAUUCUAUCUAUAUUUAAUUUUUAUUCUUGUUUUUAAUAAAGCAAAGAGGAUUAAUUAUGUAACUUGAUUGCAGGUAAAGUAAGUGCGCGAUAAGUAAAUAUUAAAUAAUCUAAUUGAAAUUAAUAGAGGUGAAAGAAGAGAAUAAAACGGCGCAAACUUUCUUUUUUUACAAUCUUCUCAUGUAUUUUCGUUUUUAUCAGUGUUGGAAAUAACCUGUAGGAUUUGCAGAAGCAAAACAGGGAAUCGUAAAAGCAAAGAUGAUAAUUGUGUGUCUAAUAAUGCGGUGCACCGAUAAAGACUUAAAUUUGAUUAAUGUCCUAACUAUACGUUAGUUAUUAAUAAAUUAACUAUAAAGUAUUAUUAAUUAUGUCACGACAUCUCGCAUCUUCCUAAUAUCCUUUCUCGUCUUUCUAAUAUCCUGUUCUCGUGUGUCGUUACAUUCUGAAUAUUCAUUUGUGGAAUUCACGUAGAUGGCAUUGAAUUGAAGAAACGAAUAUUAAUUAUCGCGAGAGAGAUGUCAAUAAGAGUCCGAUUAAAUUCUAAAAAUCGGAGAGAUAUUUUAGCCAUCCGAUAUGAAUUACGAGUAAUAUAUUGAUUAUGCAAUGUAAUUAGUGUAUUACAUUUGGAAAAAAAUAUUUGAAAAUUUAUUUGUAGGAUAUAAAGUUUAUUUUUUGUCAAAAUAAAGUUUGUUUCUGUGCGAAAUAAAUUUUUUUCUGCAAAAUAAGCUUAUUUCUGUCUAUAAACUUUACAUCUAACAAGUAAGUUUCCAAGUGUGGGCAUUAAUCGAUUAAAAUGUUAGUUGACUAAAAUAAUCGGUAAAUCGAUAGUCAAAGUAAAUCAAUUCUCAUAUGUAAAAUCGUGAACAACUUAAUCGAUUGAUGAAACUAAUUAUUAAUAAAGCUUCGAUUUGAUUAAUUAUGCACUGACUAAUAAUUAAUUUCACCAACCGAUUAGAUUAUUCGUGAUUAUAUGUAUGAUGGUUGAUCUAUUUCGAUUAUUGAGAUUUGCGGAUUGUUUGCCGACUAUUUUAAUCAAGGGAGAUUUCAGUCGAUCAUAAUAGAGCCCCAACACAUUGUAAAUGUAACGAAAAAAUACGCGACGCGAGCGAGACUACCAAAACAAUAAGCAAAAACGAUAUCACGCGUCAACCGCUAAUCGUGGUCGCUCGCCGUCGGGCGUAGAGAGCAAUCAUAAUAAACAUUUUUCAAAACAUUGCGAGCCUUCAAAGAGAUCAAACAUACUCGCGUGUCCCGUACUUUACCGAAUGUCUCAUUACGUGUCGAGCCGACGAGCGAAGUAUACAACGCGACGCGGACUCCGUGAGUCGAUCAGUUACUUACGAUUUCCGCGCUGACUCUCUUAAAAUAUUUCAUCGGGCUCUUACGGCAUCGCGUUAUUUAUUAAUUAACACGCGUUUCUCCAACCGAGUCGUAUUCACGCGAAUACCAGUGUUAGUGCUAGUGCUACGAUGGAGUAUUCGGAGCAGUCGAUCGCCAAAAUGCCGGAUCGGGAAGCCAAAACGGAAGACGCAGGACGCUGGAGCGCAGGCAGGGAUACAUCGUAUUUCAGCCCUUAAGACCCUGAAUCAUUUGAACAAGGAAGGCGAGGCGCUUGCCCUUCAGGAUGACCUCACAACGAACCCCACCUUGGCCUUGAUGCGGCGCAUCCUUGCAGAUGCACAGGCAAAAUUCCGCGUGAUGGUGGAGGAGAACGCAGCGACCGGCGCCCGGCUCGACGGCGAGCUGGAACGCGCCAGGGGCGAGUGCGCCACUCUUCGGGGUGAGUUGCGCGACGUCCGCGGCGCCUUGCCGAUCGUGCUGAACAACAACAACGCCGGUGCGGCUGCGGCCGCAGCAGCGGGUAACGGUAGUGCCAACAGCAACAACAACGGCGCGACAACCGGCGCCAGCGGCAACCCCGGCCAAGAAGCGGAGGCGCAGCAACAGGCGCAGCAAGACGACGGCAAGAGGCUCAGCGCCGGCAGCAGUCCGAUCGAGAAGAGGAGCUCGGCCAGCGAUAAAUCGGCCAGUCCUAUCGACAAGAGGACCAGCCCGGUGGACAGGAAGGAGAGAACCAGCCCCAUCGAUCGUCGAGCCAGUCCCAUAGAGCGAAGAAAUGGCUCGCCCUGCCGCAGCCCGAGCGAAAAGGCUCGCCGUCCUUACGCCCCCGCCCUGGAGAAGACGCGCUUGGGCGGGUCCGGGGGUAGCGUGGACUCUCGAUCGGGCAGCGCCAGCCCGGAUCGCGGAUCGGCCAACAGGAGCGGCGGCUUCCUGCACCGCGGCGGCAGCGAUCGUUCCAGCGUGGAGCGCCUUCGGAUAUCGACUAACCGGGAUUCCCUUCGAUCCAGCAAGGAGAUGAACGACCACGAGAAGGACGCCGACAAGGACCUGGUGGACGGCGACGCCCGCGGCGAUGAGGACAAUGAGCCACCCGGACCGGCACCGGGCAGCAGACCGUCGUCCCCGGCUAAUUCUCUCGGAAUCGGCGACCCGGUGGUGGCGUCCAGACUGUCCAACAUCCACGGCGGCGGCAGUGGCGGCGGGCCGGUGGAGCUGGCCAGCGCCAGAAGGCUGCGACUGGAGAACGAGCGACUGGUGGCGGAGGUCGCGAGGCUGAGGAGGUUGUUGCUGAGCGGCGCGACACGUGGCGAGGUCGGCGCCGAGGACACCGCGAUGGAGGAAGAGGCGCGCUUCGUCGCCUUGGAAAUGGAGCUGCAGCACGCGAAGGAGGCACUGCAGGCGCUCAAGGCUGACCGGAAGCGGCUCAAAGCUGAGAAGUUCGACCUACUCAACCAGAUGAAGGCCCUCUACGGCACCCUCGAAGACAAGGAGCGCGAACUUCGCGAUUUUAUACGGAAUUACGAACAGCGGAUGCGGGAGAACGAGGCGACCCUGGGACGUCUUCAGCAGCAAGGAGCCGGCAUGCCAUCGGAGGAACGCGAAAGAGAACGGGAGAGGGAACGCUGGAGUCUACUAAGGGCGGCAAGGGACGAGGCCGAUCGAAGCCUGAGCCUUGCGGCUAGUUUAGCGGACAAAGAAGCCGCCCUCUCGCACGCGCACGCAACCAUAAAAGAGCUUCAACGUCAGCUGGCGGAGCGCGGCGGAGGCGGCGGGAUCUGCCUGAGUGAUCAGGAGUCCUUGGUGUCCUUCCCGCGCGGCAGCGUGAACGGCGCUGCGACACCCGGAGCCGGCAGCAGCAGUGGAGGCGGCGGCGGCGGCGGUGGAGGCGGCGGUGGAGGCGGCAGCGGCGGCGGCAGUGGCGGUUGCGCCCUCAUCCCUCAUGUGAAUUCGCAGCCACCACUGGGCACCACCGAGCUCGGCGUAUCCGUGGGUAACGUGGGCGGCGGUGCAGGUGCGGGAUCCUCCGGCGGCCAAGCCGGUGAUCGCGGCAGCUGCAGCGCCGACAGCGGCGUCCGCGGAUCCAGCGAUCGAGAGAGCGGCGGUGCGACCAGCGUCGGCGGGAAUCUGUCAGACUCCACGACGGACGGCACGCCGACAAUUACGGUCGAGGGCAGCGGUCUCGACAUGGACAGCAUCUCCGUGGUAUCCUCCGUAGCACCACCCCACAUAUACCAAUCUGCGACCACACCGAAGGAUUGCAGCCCCACGUUGUCGCCUCUGAACGCCUUCUCGAGGUCCAUGGACAACUCGUCGCUAUCGCGAUCGGUCGAGCAGCUAUCCAGCCCGCUGGAAUCCGAGCCGCGGCGAAACAAGCAGCCUCCACCUGUCGUCGCACCUGCCGCGCACUCGCGAUCGUCCGCCACUCGCGGCGGCACAUGGGGAUCCAUUUCAAGGGUGUUCGCUCGCUCGCGACACCGGAAGACGGCAAACAGUUCCGGUGGCGGGAGCGGCGGCAACGAGGGAUCGGACGGCUUUGAUCCAUAUCGAUCGUGGUCGCCACUCACUGAGGAGGGUUAUGCCGAGAAACUUCGUUUGCUGCGAGAAGCGGCCUCCGUGCCUAUGGAACGAUGGCGAGCCCCUACCGUUUUAGCAUGGUUAGAGGUGGCUCUCGGGAUGCCGCAGUAUGGACCGCGAUGUGCUGAGAACGUCAAGUCGGGCAAGGUUCUGCUUGAACUGAGCGAUGCCGAGCUGGAGGCCGGUUUAGGCGUGACUCAUCCCCUUCAUCGGAAGAAACUGCGUCUGGCUAUCGAGGAGCAUCGGCACCCGAGUCACGUCCGGUAUCCCUGCAUCGCCCAACUCGGACACACCUGGGUGAGCUCCGAGUGGUUGCCGGACUUGGGUCUGGCCCAGUACUCGGAGAGCUUCGCCACCAAUAUGGUAGACGCGCGUAUGUUGGACCAUCUGAGUAAGAAAGAGCUGGAGAAGCUGCUCGGGGUGACCAGAAAGUUUCACCAGGCCAGCAUCGUUCACGGUAUUCAUUUGCUGCGGAUGUUGAACUACGAUCGACAGGCGCUUGCUGUCAGGAGACACCAAUGCGAGCAGGUCGACACGGAUCCUUUGGUCUGGACGAAUCAGAGGUUCAUUCGGUGGGCGAGAAAUAUCGAUCUCACGGAAUACGCCGAGAAUUUGAAAGACUCGGGUGUGCACGGUGCUCUGGUUGUGUUGGAGCCGUCGUUCACCGGCGACACCAUGGCGACCGCUUUGGGCAUACCGCCAGCCAAGCACAUGAUCCGGCGGCACCUCACCGCCGAAUUAGAAGCGCUCGUUCUGCCAGCAAGAGGUCAGCUGGAGGUGGUCCCGAGGAACAGCAACGCCGGGGGUCGUCCGAUGAGCACCGCGAGCGCGGGUGGUAGUCUCGGUCGUGGGAGCAGGGCGCUGCACCUACAGCACCAUCAGAGCUCGCUGUCGGCCCUCCACAUGACGGCGAAUCACACCGGCACCGUCGACCGCCGCAGAUCCAGUCUCAGGACCUGCAGUCUUCUUUACUUGAAAAAGUUGUCGUGGAGGAGCUCACAGGGAUCCCUGAGCAGAGCGUUCGGUCUCCGGCCUAGAAGCGAGAAGGCAUCGCCGUCGUCGUCCUCGGACACCGGCAGCCUCGCCAGCCAGUGCCAAUACAUGAGCAGCGUGCGUAGCAACUCACCGCCCCCGCCCCAGCUGCCGCCCCGGCCGAUGACAGGCGGCAAAAGGCACCGUCGAGUCAAGAGCAUCGGCGACAUCGAGUACAUAAGCACCGCGGCGGUGAGCACCCCGGUCUGACAAGAGGGUAGGCCCCAUCAUCCGGGGCCUUACCGCAGCUUGAGCGAGCGCGGCUACUCCUCGUACUCGUCGUCCCAGUACGGUUCCUAUUCAGGCUACAGCAACGUCCUCGCGGGCGACCAGUAUCAGUACCAGCAACAGCAGCAGUCCGGCAACUAUUAUCAACUGCAAGGUGGCUAUUAUUCUCCGCAGAGCUCUGGCCCGCCGUUCCCAGGCGUGCAGAGGUACGGCAGCCUGGCCGAGGAGACAUGGUCGUGCACAACCAAGAGCGACUCGCCGGGUAUCUCCAAGGCUAAUCCCAGGACUUACUUGGCUUAGUUGGCGGCCGCGGCCGUGCCAAAGACUCGUCGAGCGAGUGUUUGGGUCUCGACGAGGCGCGUAUUCGAUUCUCGAGAUAGAUAGAUCUUUGUUACCUUUAGCCUCUCGGCCCUCACUGCAUGCGGAUAAUUGAUAAUAAUGGCUGAGGAACAGAUGAGAACAGCGUCAAGGAAAUCGCGUCUCGCGCAUUCGUCCGGACGCCGAAUGUUGGAUGAGAGUCUGCGCUUUGCACAUCGCCGUGUUGAUUGUACGCAGGUUGUUCACGACUCGAAUGGAAUAAUUCCUGUGGUCGACGAGACAUUGAGAGAAUUAUAAUGCUAAAUCUAAUAUCCUUUGACAGCUUCUGAUGUUCCCCGUGUGUUAAGACGCAAGGGUGUUCGAUCAAAGAGACCUGAUCGAAUUUAUACACGGAGAGAAUAUUAUAGUUUUUUUUUCAUAUAAAUUCUUGCCGAUUACAUCUUCAGUAAUGCAGGAAUAAACCGUCAAUAGAGUAAAAAUAUCGAUUAAAUUUUUCUCAAUUUAAUAAUUUGAACAAAUAUGUAUCAAUUUGGAUAACUGACGAUUAAUUCGAGCAAAAUCAACUGAAGAAUGUUUAAUUAACGAAUGAAUUCAAUUGAAAACUGUCCAAUUAGUCGCGGUUACGCAAGAAUAAUCCAACCUAUAUGAAAUAUGUUUCGAAAAAAAUAAAGAUAAAAUUUGGCACAUGAUUUGAAAAGUGUAGAUAGCAUUGAAGUUCUUCGCAAUCAUUUAAGAAGUCAAAUAUGCUCAAUUUUCUUCUCUUUAAGGAUAUUCAUUGACAAGCUUAACUCUUAAAAAUAUAAAUAACGUAACUAUUACAAUAUAAAAGACGUAACUAUUAAAAAGCAAAAGGUAUUUUUUAAUUAAUUUUAUAAGGUAUUAUAAUUAAUUUUUUAAGAUAUUUAUAAGGUUUAGAUCUUUUAUAUCUUUAGAAAAGAUGUGGACUAUCUAUUUGUAACAAAAACUCAAAAGUCAAGGUUCAUAUUUUCAUUUAAAAAGUCUUCAUUCAAAAAUCAUUCCUGCAUAACAAUGGUCAGUUGUCGACUGAUAUGAGCGAAGGAAAUGAAAGACAACUCAAUUAAUAAUUGAUCUUAGCAAAUUUAACUAAAAGCCAUUCAAUGGACAGUUGAACUUAGCAAAUUUAAUUAAACGAGCUUUAAUUACAUUUUCUAAGUUCAAUUAUUGAUUGAACUAUCUUUAAUUGGCUUCGCUCAUAUUAAUUAUCAAUUAUCAUAUUAAUCUUAAUUGAAUUUAUUGAAAUCCAUCGCUAAUCGAACGAUCUUCGAUUGAAUUUGUUGAAAUCAAUUAAACAAUCUCCAAUUAAAUUGGCUUAUAUUAAUCGUUAAUUAAAUAUAAAAAUUAAUUUAACAAUUAAUUAAUUAAUCGCAACCCUAUUAAACUAUUAAAAGGUCUAUAUCGUUAAAAGUACGUAAAUUUUGUUAGAAACAUAGCAGGUUUAUCAAUUUUAAGUAACAUUUUAGUUUCUAAAAUAUAAAUGACACAUUUGGGAUGAAAAGAUAGUUAAUUGCUGCAGAAUGUCAAUCUAUUCCUCGGCUACAAAAUUCCUUAGUAAUUUUUACUAUAAAAUUCUCUCCGCGUGUAGGCAAUAUAGCGAAACGAUCGAUGAUCUGGACACCCCGCGAUGUAAUCAUUACUGUUACGACGAGCCCUAGAGGCUGGCAGAUACUAAUUUCGUUAUGUGACAACUGUAAUAGACAAUACCUUUCAGCCGCGCGACGGACUUGCGAAAGUAAACGCCUCGAUUGCACUCCUUAAUAAGAGAGAUAUGACUAAUAGCGUGAGACACGAGGUCAAGUUCCGACGAGCGAGUAAAUGUCGAUCUGUGUCACAAUUAUUCUUAAGAGUUACGCUCGAUUACAAAUUAAUUCUACGUCGUACAAAUAUUAAGCAGCAUAUCGUGAUGUUAAUAAGGGAGGAACGAUUGACAGGAGGAGGCUGACCAAAUUUCAUUAGCACACAUCGAGCUUACGCCGUAAACUCGCCGACAACUCAUCCGACGGUGGUAUAAUAGAACAGAGGAUUGUAAUAACGAUUACGCGGGGCAGACAGGACCUAUCUAGAAAGGGAAAGAAGUAGAGGAGGGUAAAUAAUCGAAGGGGGAAAAAGUUCAAGCGAGCUGGCGAUGAGAAUACUUCCUGGUGAUGAGAACUCCUCAUGGUGGUGGUGUUCAAUCUAUACGUUUACCAUCACGGUGACAAUAUCCUGUAAACGCGGUUCGCCGGAAUCAGUCUUUCUUACCGACGAAAAGCCCCGUGUUUACCGAGAAAGAGAGAAAGAGAGAAAAGAAGAGAUACAUUAAGUUAGAUUAAUGAAUAAAAUCCAUUCUUAUCUGUAAGCUACGGAGCACACGCGAGAUCGCGUCGUGGGCGUCGUUCGCGAGAAUAUUUUCGCUUAAGAAUGAAUCGACGAACGCACGCACGCACGCACGCACGCACGUACGCACGCACACACGCACGCACGCGCGAUCGAUCGAAUUUAAGUGCCAGGAAACCGCGCUCGGCCGCAAUUCGGCGCGCUGUCGGGGCACACGUGCUCGUCCGCGGCUCGUUGUAAUCGUUAAUAAUAACUAAUACGUACAAUCUCCUCCCCAGUGUUCGUGUAUUACGCUCUCGCGCGGUCGCAAGGCGAUAUUUUGUAGAUAACGCGCAUUUAACGCGAUAUUUAUUAUUGGUAGGGACCGUCAUUAUUUCGCGACACUCGUGAGAAAGUGUCGUCGCGGCCGAUCGGAUUAUGAUUCCAUUCAGAUUCCCAUGCGAUCCAGGACCACGGGACGACGCGUUCGCGCGUCCCCCAUUGCCGAACUUUGAUUAGUAUUACCGCCGUUUCGCGAGUCGGCAAACGGCGAAUUAAUACGCCAGCUCUCUACCUACUGUGCGUACCUAAGUAAUUUAUUUAUAUAAAUUAGUUUAGGUCUUAAUAUAUUUAUUUAUACACACCAGAUAUACUGUAUAUCGCGACGCGCGCGCGCGCGGCCAAUCCCCCAUUGAGCUUGUUGUGCGCGACAGAUCCUGAGCGUUUCGCUGAUGUAUAUCGUUGCGAGGUGGCGACCACAAGGUUUCAAUACGAAUUGUAAAUGUGCUCAGUAACGUCUGUAUAUAUUUGUGUGUGAACUGUAUCGAAAAUAUUUGGGAAAAGAUUAAAUAAACCAUCGCCUCUUUACAUCCGUCGUUGCUACAAUUGCCGAGAGCGUGUAACGAUAUCGGUGUCGUUUGGAUAAAAUCUUAUCAUUUUGUCUGAAGAUUUAAAACUGCGCACUUGCACUACACUAUGACUAUAACUAUUAUAUAUACACUAUAACUAUUAUAAAUAUUAAUAGGAACGGGAUUACUCGGAAUGUGAUUCCAUGAUGUAACUAGCUCUCUUUAUCCGCUGGAGUCUCCCAAAUCGAAUCUUGUUGCGCUUGAAAAUACAGCGCCAUAAGCUCCACGAUGAUUCACGAAGUCAGGAUUCAACUGAAACGGAAAUUAGGUUGCGUAGUAAUUAAUAAUUGCGCAUAAUGAAGGGAAUGCCAUACUUAAAAAACUUAAGGAAAAAAUAAAUUACCUUUAAGAGU